AUGAAACAAGUUUACAGGAGAUAUAUACAUAAUUCAACCGCAUUUAUUCAGAGCAUUGUCACUAACACUAAAACAGCAAGAAUAGUCACGCAAAUACCUGUUGGAAAAGCCAAAAAAAAAAAGACAAAAACUGUUCUUAGAAAGAAAAGUAAUAGUUGGUUGAAAGGGAACCUUCCGAACUGGCAUGAACUAAACGAUACUUUCAACAUUCAUUAUGGAAAACCAGCUGACUCUGAUUUGAAUAAAGUUAAUCGAUUUUUCAAUAGGGCAAAAGUGAAAUUUGAUUGGAGUGCAGCUACUUUCGAUGACAUACCUGAUCAGAAACAGAGAAACUCCUCCAUAAGUAAAGAAAUCGAUUAUGAUAGAUCGAGUAAACACGAUAGUGAAAAUAGCAACGGCACCACAAGGGUUAAUUAUUUGCCAGAGGUAAUCUUUCUCGGAGGAACAAACGUAGGAAAAUCCUCCAUCCUAAACAAUAUCACCACAUCAAUUGUAAGCAAAGACAUAGGAAGUUUGGCAAGAGUGUCCAAAACAACAGGUUUUACAAAAACACUCAAUUGUUACAACGUAGGGAAUAAGUUCAGAAUGAUUGACUCACCUGGUUACGGAUUCAACAGUAGUAAAGAACAGGGAGGUAUCACUUUACGGUAUUUACUGGAGAGGGAAGAGCUUGUUAGGUGCUUCCUGUUACUUGCUGGCGAUAAGGAUAUAAAUGAUACAGAUAAUAUGAUGAUUCGAUACAUGCAUGAACAUGGUAUUCCCUUCGAAGUCGUCUUUACGAAGAUGGACAAAGUUCAAGCCGUAGGUGAGUUCGAGCAGAAGGUUACGUCUUCAGGAUUAAUGGACUUGCCAACCUUGCCGAGGCUUGUAUUGACUAACUCGCUUACAUCCAGGACGUCUCCCAAGCGGUUAGGUGUAGACCUGUUGAGAUAUACGAUAUUCCAAAGUUGUGGCUUGAUUUCAUAA